AAGAUUCGAAUCUUUCCCAUCGAACAUUCCAAAACAAAACUAAAUGCGGAUCCGACGGCUGGAAAAUUCCUUCCCGACCCAAAAAUUCCAAAGCAUAAUUCCAGCAUCCAGACACCAAUAUAGCCAGCUCCCCACACAUUUGCCAACUCAACGGUCACAAAUCUCACCACCGCCAAAAAACGUCGCCAAUUCCUCAAAAAAUCGUUUCUUAUUCCUUCAGCUUAUAACCCCUGUUUCUCUCUGGACCAAACUUUCUCCUCCGCCGGAAAACCAUCGUUUCCGGUGGCGGGAAAGCCAAUUUGUCCGUUGACGGCAACUGGGUUUUUCUUAAAGUUCGAGUCUUUGUGCGUUAUUAAUUUAGUUAUGAUGUCCGUGGCGUCGCCGAGAAAGUCAAUAACAGAGAAGGUGUUUGAGAGGGUUGGCGGGUAUUCCUACCUGAGCAGCUACCUCAAGAACAACGGCGGAAGCCACAGAAGCCAGAGCCACCACCGCCACAACCACCACAAGGCGUGCGAUAUCGACGAGAGUGAUGACGAUUAUUACGAGGAUGAGGGGACGAUGGAGCUCGUGCAGAUUGGAGCUGAGCGGACCAAGAACGUCUUGAUUCUCAUGAGCGAUACCGGCGGCGGCCACCGCGCUUCCGCUGAGGCCAUUCGUGAUGCCUUCCGUAUGGAGUUUGGUGACGAAUACAGGAUAUUUGUGAAGGAUGUGUGGAAAGAGUACACAGGUUGGCCGUUAAACGACAUGGAGAGGUCGUACAAAUUCAUGGUGAAACAUGUGCAGCUGUGGAAGGUUGCAUUUCACAGCACCUCUCCUCGAUGGAUCCACAGAGUCUAUCUCGCUGCUAUAGCCGCCUACUAUGCCAAGGAGGUGGAGGCUGGUCUAAUGGAGUACAAGCCCGACAUUAUAAUCAGUGUGCAUCCUUUGAUGCAACACAUUCCUCUGUGGGUGCUCAAAUGGCAAGGCCUGCAGAAGAAAGUUAUUUUCGUGACGGUUAUCACUGACCUCAACACCUGCCAUCGUACAUGGUUUCAUCCCGGGGUCAAUAGGUGCUACUGCCCAUCACAGGAGGUAGCGAAAAGGGCUCUAGUAGACGGCCUUGACGAGUCUCAAACAUGUGUCUUUGGCUUGCCCAUCCGACCCUCUUUUGCCCGCGCGGUUCUCUCCAAGGAUCAACUCAGAGAAGAACUCGAAAUGGACCCUGACUUGCCUGCGGUUCUGCUCAUGGGAGGCGGCGAAGGAAUGGGACCUGUAAAGGAAACUGCAAGGGCUCUCGCAGAAACACUCUUUGAUAAAGAAGCUGGAAAACCGAUAGGGCAGCUGAUCAUCAUAUGCGGGAGGAACAAAACCCUCACUGCCACGCUUGAGUCCGAUGAAUGGAACAUACCAGUGAAGGUUAGAGGAUUUGAGACACAAAUGGAAAAAUGGAUGGGAGCUUGUGAUUGCAUCAUAACAAAGGCAGGACCUGGCACAAUAGCAGAAGCAUUGAUCAGGGGACUUCCUAUUAUCCUCAACGACUACAUUCCCGGACAAGAAAAGGGCAAUGUGCCUUAUGUGGUGGACAAUGGGGCCGGCGUCUUCACCAGAAGUCCCAAGGAAACAGCAAGGAUUGUAGCGGAAUGGUUCAGCACCAAAACAGACGAACUCAAAAUGAUGUCGGAGAAUGCACUUAGACUAGCGCAACCUGAGGCUGUGUUCGACAUUGUCAAGGACAUCCACGAGCUUGCCCUCCAACGUGGUCCUCUCACGAACAUCCCUUACAUGCUUACAUCGUCGUUUUCGAGUUUAAUUGAUUGAUACCUGGGGUUUAAUCUUUUAAUUUGAUAAUUCCCAGUAGUAGAAGGUCAUGCUAUGUACAGGUACAAUUAGUUUCUAAUAUCAUCCAUCAUUCUUUGGCCGCAGUGGUUGUAAAUUAUAAUUAAGACUUCAACCUCUGGUGUGUUUUAAGAUUUGUGAUUUUCUUUGUUUCUUUUAAAUUUUUAAAUUUUAGGAUGUUGAAAGUUUAGAUUAAUACGGAAAACUUUGCGCGAAACCGGGUUUUUAAGAUUCAUACAGUGAACCCUACUUAGUGGGAUAAA